AAAGACACAAAAUGCAAAGUAUAGAAUAAAAAUAAUUUAUUAAGCUAAAUUUACGGUUUUUACAUGUAUCAAAAAUAAUAAGAAUUACAAAGAAAAUCUAACAUGAAAAUGUCUGUUCCUAAAUUGUAUGAAAGCGAGGAUUUUAUUAUUGUAAAUAAGCCAUACGACAUGUACAUAAACUCAGAAGAUGAAAACGAAAAGAAUUCAGUUACUUACCACAUUGCCAAGCAUGACUCCCACCAUUCCUCAUCUUCGGAUCCUUUACACUUCGUUCACCGGCUCGAUUAUGCUACCAGUGGUGUUCUAUGCAUAGCAAGAAAUAAAAGAGCAUCAGCUAUUGCAGGCAAAUUAUUUGAAAAACGAGAAACUAAGAAAUAUUAUUUAGCGGUUGUUAGAGGGCAUGUUGAGUUUGAAUUGUGUGAUAUUGUGUAUUCAGUUGCUACUGAUGCUUUGACAGCAUCAUCAUCGCAUAAAAUGGUGGCCGUUACAUCGGUUCCUGAAACUUCAUUAACUACAACGGUGCAUCCACGACCGGCGCAUACUCGUGUCCUUCUCUUAGAAACUGGUUACUAUUGCAACGAUCCCGUUAGCGUGAUAUUGUUGAAACCUGUCACUGGUCGUCGGCAUCAGCUCCGUGUACACUGUGCUGCCAUUGGACACACAAUACUUGGCGAUUACACCUACAGUAAUGCAGAAGAUUCGGCACCGCCUCGAAUGUUUUUACAUGCAAUGAGAUUGGUCUUACCGUUACCACAGGAGACACUGGAUAUUAUAACAUCAGAACCAUUUUUCUCGGAUGAAAAGUUCUCCUCAAAGUACCGCUCUUUGCGCAAGUUACACACGUUCUGGAGUAAAAAUGAAUUUAUAAAAGUUUGUGAUGCUACAGAUCAGCCACUUAUGAUAGGUGUAAAAUAUAAGGAAUUCAAACCACAUACAUAUGACGAUUCUAGCCUUUCAAGCUCGGUUACUGAUAAACAAGAUAAAAAUUAGUUUUAACAUCAAAUGGAAUUUGGCAUUAUUCGUGAAAUUAUUUACCUAAUGAUAAAUACCUGCUUUACAAUCAUCGAAGACCGCCUUUACACCUGUAAGUUACUUAAAACUUAUGUAACUUAUGCUUGCAUUUCUAUUAAUUAUGAAAAACUGAUCGUAAAUAAUGCUGACGGAAGUUUUGUGAUUUACAACUUAAUGACAGUUUUACUAGCCCUACAUGUAUCGUACGAUGUUUUACAGCACAUCAUGGCCCUUUGAAGUUUUGACAUAAGUAUUGUAGGUACAAUAAGUACUACUUUGCGUACUACUCGCACACGAGAAAAUACCACCAUAUAUACUGUAAAAUUGAGAUUGAGUAGGAGUCGUAAACGUCAUACUUAAUAAUAAUGCAACUUUUUAUCACAAUAACAACCAAAAGCUGUAAGCUCUUACGCCUCUAACUUGUACGUUUAGACCCGUGCGAGUCCGUAAGCAAACUUGAACUUAACACUUGAAUUUUCAUUUUACGAAAGUAUUUAAAACUUACCCUAAGCUUCUUAGAAAAAAUAUUUAAAUAUGAAAGUCUUUGCAUAAAUCUCUUACGUUACGUUGUAAAACAUGCAGCUGUAAAUGCGGUAACUGCGUAUAGUAUAAUUAUAAUUGUCGAUGAAGUAACUUACUUUCACUUCACUAGUUCUGAAAAGUACAAUGUUGCCAGUGAUAAGUGUUUCUCGCUUUUCUCAUUUUCUGUUUUAUAUUGUGUCGUUACUUUGGUCCCUUUGUAUUCUUGUAACUAUUAUAUUUUUCUGUAUAC